UUGGAUGCAAAACCGUAUGAAAAUUUUGAAGUGUCAAAAAAAGAAUGUAUUGAUCAUGUACAAAAACGAAUGGGCACUCGGUUGAGAAAUUUGAGAAAAAAAACAAAAAAUCUUGGAGGAAAAGGAAAAUUAACUAUGAAAUUAAUUGAUCAGUUAACAAUUUAUUAUGGCUUGGCCAUUCGACGGAAUUCAAACUCGUUGGAAAAUAUGAGAAAUGAAAUCUGGGCGACAUUAUUUCAUAAAAUGUCAACUGACGAAAAUCCACAGCACGAAAAAUGCUCAGAGUCUUGGUGCGAAUGGAAGAAGGCGCAAGCAACGGGUUCCUUAGACUCCUUUCAUCAUAAGCCGGCACUAUCGAACGAAGUUUUUGAAGCCAUCAGACCAAUCUACGAGGAUUUGAGCCGUGACGAGUUGCUGAAUCGUUGCUUGGGAGGCUAUACGCAGAACAGCAACGAAAGUUUUAAUUCUACAGUCUGGCACUUGGCUCCUAAAAAUUAUUCAAGCGGAAAGAAAAUAUUACAAAUAGCAAGUGACAUUGCUGUUUGUAAUUUUAAUGAUGGACUGAUAAACGUUUUAAGAAUAAUGAAAGUGAUGGACAUGAACAUUGGACCACAAUCCUACAACUUUUGCUUAGAAACGGACGCUGCUCGAAUACAACGCGCGGACCGCUCUUUGACGGACGCAGCGAAAGAGGCUCGCUCCAGCAUAAAAGCGUCCAGGAAAGAAAACGAGGAGGAGUUAAGCAACCUGGAAGGUCAGCUUUACGGUGCUGGAAUAGCAGAUUAAAGAUUAAUUUUUGCUACACUUCUACUGCGUGCCGCGAAGCCCCU